AUCCAACAAAAUUACAAACACGCACAUCCUCCUUUUUAAUCCCCACAAAUUAAAAAAAAAAAAAAAGAAUAAUUCCUAACCUCUAUAUAAACUACCCCCCUUUCUUCUCCUUCCCUUGUAUCAAUUCCACCGUAAUUAACCACAAAACUUUAGCUUCUUCCCAUUUCAAUGGCAGAACAUCAAACACAACCCACCCAUGUUGCUAUUCUACCGAGUCCCGGGAUGGGUCACCUCAUCCCGCUCGUUGAAUUAGCUAAACUACUCGUUUCUCAACAUAAUCUCUCCAUCACCUUCAUUGUACCAACCGAUGGUGCUCCCUCUAACGCCCAAAAAUCGGUUCUUGAAUCUCUUCCUGCCACAAUAAGCUCCACUUUUCUCCCUCCGGUUGACUUGAGUGACCUCCCUGAAGAUGCUAGGAUAGAAACGGUAAUUUCCAUCACAGUGGCUCGAUCCCUCCCAUCUCUUCGCGACGUGUUGAAGUCUCUCGUUGAAAGCACUCGGCUGGCGGCCUUGGUCGUUGAUCUCUUUGGCACCGAUGCCUUCGAUAUUGCCCGAGAAUUCGACGUCUCUCCCUACGUUUUCUUCCCUUCUACAGCCAUGUCUUUGUCUUUGAUGUUUUGGUUGCCAAAGCUGGAUGAGGCGGUCUCUUGCGAGUAUAGGGAGCUAGAGGAACCUGUGAUAAUACCAGGCUGCAUACCUAUACUCGGGAAGGAAUUGCUUGACCCGGUUCAAGAUCGGAAGAAUGAUGCCUACAAGUGGCUUCUUCACCAUGCAAAGAGGUAUAGACUAGCUAACGGUGUUAUGGUGAAUAGCUUUGCGGACAUGGAAGGAGGAGCGAUAAAGGCUGUACAAGAGGAAGAACCCGGUAACCCACCCAUUUAUCCGGUUGGUCCGCUUGUGAACAUGGGUUCAAGCAGUAAGGCAGAGGAAGCAGAAUGUUUGAGGUGGCUAGAUGAGCAGCCGCAUGGCUCUGUGCUGUACGUGUCAUUUGGAAGCGGCGGGACGCUCUCUUACGAUCAGAUAAAUGAAUUGGCUAUGGGGUUAGAGAUGAGCCAGCAAAGAUUUCUGUGGGUUGUGAGGAGCCCCAAUGAUACCGUCGCGAAUGCCACAUUUUUUAGUGUGGAGAGCCAAAAAGACCCAUUUGCUUUCCUACCAAAAGGGUUCUUGGACAGGACCAAAGGGCGGGGUCUAGCGGUGCCAUCAUGGGCACCACAGGCACAAGUGCUGAGUCACGGAUCUACAGGAGGAUUCUUAACCCACUGUGGAUGGAAUUCCACCCUAGAAAGUGUGGCAAAUGGCGUGCCACUAAUCGCCUGGCCACUCUACGCUGAGCAGAGAAUGAAUGCUGUGAUGUUAACCGAGGAUAUUAAGGUUGCCCUGAGACCAAGACAUAAUGAUCAAAAUGGCCUAAUUGAAAGACAAGAAAUUGCAAGAGUAGUGAGAGGCCUAAUGGAAGGCGAAGAAGGGAAGAAGGUUCGAAACAGAAUGAAGGGCCUAAAAGACGCAGCUGCCAGAGUUCUCAGCGACGAAGGUUCAUCUGCAAAGGCACUCACCGAUUUGGUUCUCAAGUGGAAGACCCAGAAAUGCAAAUAACAAAUUGGUAGAUAAUUUCCAGCUCUACACCUCCAUCGUGACUGUACAUCACAUAAAGUCUUAUGUUUCACUUUCUUUAAUUGGAGAAUUUUUCUCUUUGCAAUAAAGACCUAUAUAUUUAAUUUA